AUGUCUACAGCGUCGUUCAGACACACCUGCAUUUUUGUUUUUGCGGUUGCUUCAGCCAUCGCGAUUAUAACUCCCUUAGAAAAUGCAAAUGUUCUCGAUGUCAUCGACAAAAUUACCUCGGACUUCAGGGCUUGGGAAUGGAAGCGUGAGCAGUUUUUGAGAUAUUCGAAAGACUACCCAAACGGCUGGCCCGGCUUCGACUGUCCCAUUCCCGAUUCCCGAGUGCCACCUCAAGAUGUUCAUCAUCUUGCUCCUUGGGAUAUCUCUGUAAUAGGGGCACUAGGAGAUUCCUUAACGGCAGGACGAGCUGCCGGUGCCGAGCAGAUUAGCGACUUGCUGUCAGACUACCGUGGACUGUCGUUUGCCACUGGGAUGGACAGGAAUCUUACAGAACAAGCUAGCUUAUACAACAUAUUUUCGCAGUUUUCCCCCAACUUGAAAGGAGGAAGUGUAGGAAUUGGCUUAGCUGAAGACCCUCUUACAGCAGGCUUUGAUAUGGCCGUUUCCGGAGCUGUUUCAGCAGAUCUACCGGAGCAGGCGGUUGCCUUGGUCAAAAGAAUUCGUUCUAAUCCGAGUGUUGAUUUCAACAAGGACUGGAAAUUUGUCAAUAUUUUCAUCGGAUCGAAUGACUUAUGCUCUGUGUGUCUAAACGAGACCAGAUACGGACCAGGGCAGUAUAUUUACAAUAUGAGAAAAACACUGUUAUAUCUUCGAGACAAUCUUCCCAGGACCUACGUCAAUAUUCUUCCACCGUUUCAUGUUGAUAAUCUUCUCGAAACUCACAAAAGUGAUAACGCAUUUUGUGAGGACUAUCAUAGUCUUGCCUGCUCUUGCGUCUACAAACUAACCAAGGAACAGUAUGGAUUGAUCAAAAAGCAGUACAACGACGGACUUGAUGAGUUUAUGACGGCAGCAUAUCAAAGGGAAAACUUCACUGUGGCAAUUUCGACUGGAUUCGAUCUGGACAAACUACCAACGUUAGGG